CAGCUACGAGGAGUCACCGAACAACAACAAAUUCAACAACCCUUUCCGACAACCCACCGAACUCAACAAUCACCAUGUAUACCGUAGUAGGAAGCAUCUUAAUCGCCAUCCUUUCGGCUGCAUCAGCUGCACCUUCGGGUUGGGCACCCGGUGCAGCCCUUGCUGGGCCAGUACUCGGUGCGGCGGCACUAGCUGGCCCAGCUUUGGGUCCAGCAGCCCUUGCGGGACCAGUCGUUGGACCUGCUCGAAUAUCCGGAGCAGUUGACGGAGGUGCCGUUGUCACUGGUUCCGUUGCCGGACCAUCUGUAGUUUCUGGCAGCGUUGCACCAGGUACUGCAGUUCUUGGAGCCGCCUAUGGAUGGCCAGCUGCUGCAGCUCCAGCUUCCCUUCUUGGUCUCGGAUGGCCUGGUGCGGUUCUUGCCGGUCCAGCGGUCGGACCUGCUGCCCUUGCCGGUCCUGUUGCUGCUCCAGCACUCAUCGCUGGACCCUCCGGUAGCAUCGCAGCCGGACCUGCUGGUCUCGGUGGAGUGGUUCGCGGAUACGCCGGUCACUAUUAGUUUCAACUUGGUUACCCAAUAACACCAACGACUCUCGACUGAUCUCUCAUAUGACUUAUGCCAAUUUAAGAUCGAACGCAACGUGAUCUCCGUCAUUAUACCGCAAAUACCUCCCUAUCGUUCGAACCUCUUAUAUGUUUUAUGUACAUAACAAAACGUUCAUAUAUUAUGCAAACAUAAUAAAAAUAUAA